GAUUCUUAAGAAAAUCGCUGGCAAUUUUUCUUUACCUUUUCUCUUUUUCUGUUGCUUCCGGAUUUCAUUACACACAUCCGUCAGAUUAAUUUUCUUAUUGCACUUUCUACAACGUUUUGUCUUUCGAUAUUCCCUGAGAUACCUACCCUGGUGGUGAUCCAUACAAUUCCAUUCUCAAUUUCUUGCCUUCACGUGCUUGAACGCAAGUAUAUUGGCCACCACUUAAUUUCGUGCCAUACCACCACACCAUCUUGGAAUUUCAAUAAUCUUAUGCAUUAAAGACCUCAAUUAGAUGAGAUCCCUACUAAUGAUUAACCUAGAAAAGUUGUAAGAAGGUACGGUGAUACUUUGCAACUUCUCUCAUCCUCUAUCAAAUUGCUCACUGGUUCUAGUUUUGAGAUACAUUCUACCUCUCUGACAAGAACAAGCCUCAUUAUCACAUAAUAUGAAUCGAAUGUCAAGCAUGUACCCUUGCUGCUGUUUAUAACCGCUGGUGGAUCCUAGUACACCUUUUCUUGAAGAAUGUUUACUUGAACCAAGACGUCAUGGCAUCCAACAAUCUGCAGUUUGGUCUACCAUCGAGACCAAAUGUUGCCUUGUCUCAGAGAAGAGUUCCACGCCAUACCCAGUCGCAAGAGGCCAGUAAUUCAAGUCAAAUGAGAGAGGACAGUGCGUUUAUUCAAUCGAGAAAGGAGCCAAGAAGGACAAAUGCGGAAAUUUAUCAGCAGACGAAUCUGCCUCGACCGAGCAUACGACAACCUUCCCCAGUACCAAGGACAAAGUCCGAGACCGGGUCUAGACCAACAAUGACCUCCCGCUUAGGAUCCGAGAGCCGUUUCGAUAGAGGUGUUUCUAGCCCCAAUCCCGUUCCAGCCGUCAAAGGAAAGCCAUCUCGAAACGUUUUGAGAAGAAAGCCUUCAUCGAUAGCUCAACAUGCUGAGAUUAGUCGCCCUACAACAGCUAGAACAGCCACUAGCUCCCCUGCCAGCCGGGGGAAUACACCGGGAGCUAAAGCUGCUCCUCAAAGUUCAAUUAAACCACUGCAGCCGCGUAUUGAAACCUCACAGCAAGUUCGAAAGGGUUCGUCUUCUUCUAUCAAGGAAGUUCCACCACGGAUCAUACCAGAACUGGAUAGAUAUCGGACAAAACCAGAACAAAAUCGCGAGGACUUGAAUGCUAAAUUCCUUUCCAAUAUUCCUUACAAGUUAACAACUCCCGAUAUAUCCCCUCCAACUCCUUCGAUGUCUGCAGGUUUUCUAAGUUCAGGAUCCAGUCACAAAAGGUAUAGCGGAUAUAGUGGUAGUGGAUACAGUGCAAGCCCUUCAACGCGGUUUUCUGGAUCCCCAGGUCUAAGCGCUUAUAGCAGAGACACGACCCCGACUUCUAUGUCAUCCGUAUCGCCUAGCAUCUUCGUGCCGUUUAAGUCUAGUAUUCCGAACCGCAGAGGCAGUAGUCCCAUCAGGAGCCAGCCACCUCUUACCAGGAGACGCGAGAGUGACGCAUCAAAUGAGCUUAACAAUGCAGUUGCUGACUCACGUGAACUUCCCUCGUUGCGGGAGUCUGUUAAUUCCUCAUCAUCUAAUUCAACAGUCAAGGCCGACGGAGAGUCUCUGGAUAAGGUACAUAAAAAGGAAAAGUCCUUGUCUUCUCUUCCCCCUAGCCCACCACCUCGUAAGUCUUCUCAUCAAUUUAAGAAGUUGGCUCAAGAAAAAAUAUCAUCUACCGGGGCAAGCCCAAAUCCACUACACACCGGAACUACUCUUCCUCCUGAUGUAUCCCCCCAAAGGUCACAAGCUCCAUUGCUGGAGGCAAACAAUAGACCCUCUCCUCCAAGAAGGCCUAGUAGAGAUGGUGCUCCGGAUCUGAGAUCACAAAUUGGAGAUUUUGCGGUACUUCAAAGUAACUUUACGGGCGUGAAUUAUAAGCAUAGCAAAAGUAGCAGUAUCUCUUCUCAGAGAGCAGCUUCAUCUCCUCUUCAGACUUCAAUGACUCUAGCAUCACGAGAGACUUCGCGGAAUCCAUCACCAACUCCACUUCAGCCAAUCCACCGGGAUCCUACUCCCGCACCAACUGGCCUUGGACUAGUCCCGCAUCUCAGGCCGCCUUCUCGAAGUCAUAUCACUCGUACUCCAAGUCCAAGUGUCGACAGCGGAAGGCAUCGCUUUGGACUUUUUGGUCGAAGGACAAAGACGGCCCCUGAAAUCACGACCGCUCCCGUAGAAAAGUCCCAAAAGAAGGGACCAGCUGCAGGUACCGGCCAUGAAGGUUAUACAAGAUAUGCCCUGCGUGGCCGUAGCACUACAAGAGUGGCUACAGGAAAGCCUCGAGAAAGAAGCUUAAGUGGAGCUCCAGUUUCGAGAGACCAACCCGAUACCACGGAUCCUUUUUUCAGAGAUCGGAUGAGCCCUGUCAUUAUAGCUGGUGGCGGUGCAAUAAAGGAGAAUCGUAAUUCUAUCUCUGAAGUCAUCAGUCGUACAGAUAGUAACACCAGUCUUCCUCCUGUAGCCAAGAAUAUUUCUCAGACUAAUUUGAGUCAAAAGAGAGCGAAAGCUGUUUUGCAACCGUCUGCUAUUCCAAGAGAAAGCAAUGAGCGGAUUUCCACUACAGACGUCUCUAAAUCUAGAAGACCAUCCGACAGUCAGGAUGACGACCGUUCGAAGACACCGUCCCUUGCAUUCCGAAGGUCAACCCAGCGUCUUAAUAAUUCAACUAGUGCCAUAAAUAUCCCAAAAUCACUUGAUAUCACAACAAAGGGAACUUCAUCCUCAAUCAGCAGUUUAGACCCUAGUUUAACGUCUGGAGAAUCACAAUUAGAGUUAAAAAAUGAGACCGAGCGCGGAAGACAAGUUCAACCAGUUAAGCCCAAGAAACCGGAGAAGCGUGCAAGGUCACCUAGGAAGUGGAAUUUCUUUCAUCGACAAGCACCAAAGGUAGAGACCGAAAUCAAACACGAUGCAGUGCCUGUUGCCAUUGGCAGACAGCCUGUCAAACCGAUACCCCAUUACGCUAUGUUUGAAUUUUCCGAUGAGCCAGAAGAUACCGACAGUGUCGACUUAGCGGAAAUUCUCAGAGAUUCAGAUGUCGUAGAGCUAACCGAUGAGCAAUUGAAUGAACUUAAGUUUAGCAAUUAUAAGGAAAACAUCCGACGUAUCGAAGAACUUCAGACAGCCAUGGCACCUUCGCUUCCCGAGAUGAUACCAGCAACUGUCGCUUUCUCGCCACUUGAACUAAUGAUGCCCUCAUCACCUGAAGUCCCUCAGACUCAAACAGAGCCCCAUGUUCAAAUGGAAGUGCCUAUUCGUCCAAGUCGUCUUCAACAAGUUGGCCGCAUCCCGAAAGUCGUUUCUGCAAGGCCUGAAGCUACAUCUCCGAUAUCUUUCUCGAGACCAUUUGCACGGUUAAGCACGAUACAACCUACAAUGGAUUUACCUUCAUUCGACAUCAACUCGGUUGCUUUAGGAGGAAGUCCAACAAACUUUUCUAACCCUGGAAGCUAUCCAACACUGUUUAAUAGCCCAUCAUCCUACCAAGGAGAAUUCCUCGCCUUUUCGCCAAGAAGCUCUCCUAGGAAUAACUCCACAGCUACGACGAGUAGUUCCGGCACAAUCAACUGUGCUGAGAUUACGGCGAUUAUUCCCGAGCCUGACGCAGAAUUAGCAGAAGAUGAGGUUUGGGAUGAAUACGAUGACUUGAUCGAAACAGACGACAAUACAAAACAGCAACGCGUCGUUUCUACAACAUCAUCUUACGGUGUUCCAUUUCAAUAUGAAACAUACCAGAGCCCAUCUACCCGCUAUCUCGACCCAAGGCUUCAAGUUUCUUCUUUUUCAAAUCGCGAAUUGCCCGAAAUUCCUCGUCGAAGAUCAGCUAUUACAUCUAUAUCGUCGAGUUGCUAUAGCGUCGACAUUGAUACCACUACCAAGGUUGAAGAAAAAGAUACAUUAAAUGCUUUCACAUCACCCACCACUCAAGUAUCGUUCUCUGAUUUCCUUAACAACUUAGGUGGACUUAGCAAUUCCAUCCAUUCCAACAAAUCUCAACGACUUUCGACAGCCGAAUCACGGAAAUCCGGUUCCUCCAGCGAUACAUCUCGGAUUUCAGGAGCUAGUCUCUUGAGAAUCGAAUCCGAAGAAAGUAAUUCCCCAGUUUCGCAGGUUAAUUUGAGGGUGGGGAGUAUGAGUGUUAGUAAAUGGCUUACAUUUGGGAAUGUACUGUUCAGUCCUGCUAGAGAUGAGGUAGGCAAUUUGAUGGAUGGACCUACGACAAAAUGCCAUUCCAUUUUGGUAAUUGAUGGUCUUGGCAAUGGUAUGUUCAAUCUGACAAAUUAUUGUAUAUGGUGCUAACACGGAUCUAGACGACUGGUCUUUCUACGCUGCCGAAACCUACCCAACCUGCACAUUUUACAACCUAUCCCCCUCCUCUCCUCCUCCCGCCGAGACCCAAAACCAUGCCUAUCUCCUUCCACCCGCUAACCACCGUCAAAUCCCUUUUUCUCCCUUCGCCACCACCUCAAAAUUUCCCUUUCCUUCAUCUACCUUCAGCACCGUCAUUUUCCGCUUCCCAUCCUCCCUCACAACCGAUACUUACAACCACAUUCUGUCGGAAUCGCGACGAGUACUCAAACCCGGCGGCUAUAUUGAGAUCACACUGCUCGAUUUAGACAUGUUGAAUAUGGGACCGCGGACUCGCCGUGCGGUGCGUGGCUUGAAAACGAGAUUGAAGUGUCGGGAUGAGGGAGUCGUGUUGGGGAGUUUGGGCGAUGUUGUUCUUCGAGGACUAGGUGCAAGAGGAUUCGGGGAUGUGAAGAGUUGUCGAGUAGGAAUUCCAGUUGCGGGAGUAUUGGAAAGGGUUAAGAGUGCUGAUGAGAAAGGCAAAGGAAAAGAAGGAGCAGGAGGGGAAAAGCAGUCGGAAAAAAGACAAAAAGACAUUCGCAGUCUCGCCGAAAUGAUGAAAGAUGAAUCUGAAUCCGCUGAUGAAAGUAUCACGCGCAUGGUUGCCAAAGUGGGGAGGUGGUGGUAUAUGAGAUGUUAUGAAUUUUCUUUAAUUUCACCUGCAUCAACAUCAACAUCCAAAAAAGAGUCCAAAAAGACAGGAAAAGCAAGAAAAGAAAAAGGAAAAGAAGCAAAAAGUAUCUUUGCUGAUAUAAAAACCCUAGACGAAUGCGAGAAGUGGAAUACCAGUUUCAAAUUGGUGGUUAUUCAUGCGCAAAAACCAGUGGUGGUUAGGAGAAGGACUAACAGUGUUUGAGUGUGCUUAUUGUCGGUGUUGGUGCUUACUACUUCUUAUGUCGAAGAAGAAUAUUGGGAAAGAUGGAAAGAUGGAAAGAUGAGGUUGCAUGGUCUAGGUAUAAUGAACGGAAAAAGAAAUAUCCAUGGGUGCGAACCCAAUUUUGUUUGUACAGAAGUCUCGAAGUUUCUAUUCUUGAAAUGUCACGGGUUGGCUAUUUGCGAUGCGGAUCUGGGAUUUGCUGGUUUGGGUUUGUUUUUAGGGAAGGGGGGAAAGUGAGAGGUUGGAUUUAUGGAUUUAUGAAUUAUGAUGAGCUUAUGAAUUGAAUUGAAUUUGGUUUUAUGGAUGGAUGAUGGUUUGUGUUGAUGGGUUAAUUCUAAUAGGCGGGAAGAGGAAAUGAGGAAUUGUGGGAGGAGAAGGAGGGAUAAAGAGGAUGAGAGAUAGAAAGAAGGAGGGAGAAAAGAAUAGGGGAUGAGAGAUUUGAUGGAGAGGGCGAAAAGAAUGCCAUAUGUAUUUAGAUACCCGUUCG